AUGAACUCGAGUUUUCUUCAACAAUAUUGGACUCGUCAAGAACAUCAACAACCAUUACCAUUACACUCUUUGUCAAUUUCUUCAAAUGUUGCUACUAUUGAUAAAGAAUUUAAUCAAAUAACAAAUCCAUCUGAUGCUUUUUCAUCAGAGUUUUCAUUGGAAACUAAUUCUCAAUCAUAUUCAAACAAUUUAUUGUCGUCAUCAACAAAUGUAACGAUAAAAGAAUUUUGUGCAAUAGAAAAAGAAGAUGAAGAAAAAUAUUCAUUUAGAAGACGUCUGGCAGCUUGUCUAUGUUCCAGUAAUUAUAAGACAUGUUCAGUUGCUUUUAUUAUCGGAGCUUUAAUGGGUGCCAUUGCUUUCUCCAUUAUACUUACUAUUUAUUUAAGCGAUGAUUGUAUAACUACAACUACAACCACUUCAGAAACAACAACUCCCAAAAUGUGUAUAAAUGGUAAUACAGCUAUCACAUUUGAUGAUCUAACAUCUGGAGCAAUUCCUAAUGGUUAUAAUAAUAUAAACUGGACAAAUGCAAACGCUUACACCACAGCGACAAAUACAAGCGGAUAUUACACGGGUAUUGUAAGCGGAAAUAAAACGUCAUACAAUCCUUUUGGUAAUCCAAUGUUUAUGAAAAGUGCCAACAGUAGUCUUUUUACUUUGUAUUCUGCUGCAGCUGCUGCAGCGUGGUGCAAUAAUUUACAAUUAACAGUAGUUGGAUAUAAUUCUAAUAUGAUUAUUGUAAAUAAUACUUUUACUCUUCAAAUUUAUACUUUGACAUAUUUAAUAUUUAAUGGAUAUUCAGGAUUAGAUACUGUUCAGUUUUCAACAUCAAAUGGAACAAGUACUACGGGUGGAACCUGCAGCGGUAGACAGUUUGCAAUGGAUAAUAUUUGUUUAACCUUUACAUGA